CUUGUUCUAAUGUUCUUGUUCAAUCAACUUUGCAACUUUCAAGGUUUUCCGAGAACAAUAAUAACACAAUACGUAAAUAAACAAAAACAACUUUCAGAUCUUAUUGUUUAAAUAUAUAAAAUACAACGACCUCUUGUGUUACAUAUACAUUUUUAGCAGGAUCAGCAUUUUUCCUAUAAUCUGCUAUGAUUAUUUUGUUAUAAAUACUGGUACCCGGUCAAGUUGAUAAGAUUAAGAUAUCUUUAAUACUAUUUAUAGUGUACGGAAUUUAAGUUACAAUAAUAAAAUUGCCAUAAAACUAAAUUAUACCUUUGAUCAUACUGCAAAAUAAAUUUCAAACUUUGGACUGCUUGAGUAAACAUCAUGGAUGUUAUUGUAAGAGUGAACAAUCAAACUAAUGGAAGAGAUAAAUUAGCAAGAUUAGCACAGUAUGUCAGCAGACUAAUAUGGCAUCAACUUGAGUCCAGGAAUGUGAACAAAUACUCUAUAGAGAGAAUAAGAAGCCUGGAAAAUUCCUUGAGUUCAUUCAGAAAAGUGCUAAGACUGGGAAGAUGUAUAGACACUUUAUAUUCUGCAUUAAACACAAUCCAGCUUGAAGAUCCCUGGUUGAGGUUCACACUGACUCUGAGCAAGGUGGCGCAGGCCUUGUUCCUCUACGCAGACCAUGUGGUGUGGCUGAGCCGAAGCGGAUUCUUUAAGGCUGAAGCUGAUUGGAACAAGAUUGCCAACAAAUUCUGGCUUGUCUCAAUAAUAGCCAAUUUAGCCAGAGAUUUCUAUGAAAUCAUUCACAUUCUAGAAAUGAACACAGUAACUUUAUUGAAGCCAUCUCAGUUCUUAUCUGGUCCUAUGAAGAAUGUUGCUGUAUCAGAUUCCUUGAAGCAUUUAUUAUUUCUAGUGAACUGUCAUAAAGAUGUGUUUGUUGACACUGUGAAGAACUCCUGUGACCUGUUUAUUCCUCUGACUGCCCUUGGAUACACUAAGUUCAGUCCUAGUGUAGUGGGAACACUUGGAGCUGUUUCAUCACUGGCAGCCCUGGUUACUUUAGUUAAACCUAUCACUAAAUUAGUGCCUGCAUGAAAUAUGUUAGUUAUUUGCCCUUUAGGGACUUAGGGGUGAAGGUAGCUUUGUGAUACAAAUUGUUAUUAAAGUAUGGUUGGUUACAUUGGGUACCUACUAAGUGUUAUUUUAAGUUAAAUUAAUACCUAAGAUUGUUAAGUUGGUAUUUUAGAUCAUAAUGGGUUAUGUUUAUUGAAGAUCAUUACAUUUUUUGUAUAUUAAGAAUUAUGUGUACACACAUACAUUUAUACCUACUUAUAAAAAUAAAUAUGAAAUACCUACUUA